CUAAACAGGAAAAAGUUAAUGCGUCCUUAGAUACGAGACAGAAGCGGCGCACGCGGUGAGUGAUGGAGGGCGCAAUGUUAGCCCUGUGACGUCAUAAGCGGUGCGGUGCGGUGCGGUGGUGACCUCACACGAUACGUAGUACACUAGAAAAAUGCCAAUUGUCAAGAUACCAGUCACACAAAAGUUUGGGAUUCUUUCAACAAAAUAUCACAAUGAACUCCAGAAAAAGUUAUUGGAGAAAACAAAAGAAAGCACAGGAAGAAAAUUUAAAAGAAAGCCUUUGGAAGUCACAGAGGAAUUCAUCAAACAGUUUAAUGCAGCAGAAGAAGUUGAGGAUCAAGAGCGCAUGCUUGACACUGCUCGGAAAAUCCUUCAUCGAUGCAAGAGACAAUCAGGACUUCAUUCUGGUCAUUGUGGAAACCCUCAAAUUGCAUGGACUGAAUUGAUUUUAAUGGCGCAGUGUAAAGGAAACAUUCAAGAAGAGGCUUUGGAAAUACUGAUUCUAUCCAUUGAUCAAGCUGAAUUAAAUGAAGACCAUAUCUCUGUGUUGUUUUUCAUUGCUGAGUCAGUUCUUUAUAGGAUCUGCUGUGACGCGGCACAGAAACCCUGCCUGUUUUCCAGUGAAGUCAAGCUUUCCAAGCUUGGAUUUUUGACAUUUUUAAGACUUUACACCUUUUAUCUCCUUGGGCAUCUAACACAUUUUAAUGAACAAAAAAGCAGACUUUCUACAUAUUUAAAAGCACUUCCUGCAUGUGAAACAACGUAUCAGCCAUAUCCAAAUGUUCUUUCGUCCAUACAUGUAAUGUUGAAGGUUGGAGAAAUCAUAUGUGAUUCAGACUCUUCCUUAGAAACAAGUAUACCUUCACAGAAACAACCAGCCCUCAAAGACAAAUUGAGUUUAGAUUCAGGAGCAGCUGAAACAGACACAUUUCUUUGGCAUGUGCUUAUGAUUUGGCAGCACACGCAAAAUAAUAGUACAGAUUUACAUGAUGUUAGCAAGCAUCUUUGCCUCCCGAAGGAACAUCUACAUCAAGAAAACUGGUUGGAUUUCAUUCUUGCCUUAUUUAUCUUGGGAGAUGCUGCAAAAAUUGAUAUUUUCUGUUUAAGAGCAUUAGUAGAAAUUGGUUGUGACUUUCUAUCUACUACUUCACAAUUUCAAGGACAGGCCUCAAUCUCUACACAACGUUACUCUUUAUGGCGACUGGAAAGUAUUUAUUUUUAUACUAUGGUGCUAGCAGAUGUUUGCUUGCAUGGAAUCACAUCUGAAAUCCAAAAGCAUGCAUUUCUUGGAUUUCAGAGCAAUAACGCGUGGAACAUGGAGAGCACGGAAGCCAGUUUAAAUGGUUUAUUACAUUUUAAUCCUCCUAAUGCAUCAGAUACCAACCAAUUCAAGUGGAUUAUCCAUUACUGCACAGUUUACAACCUGGUGAAAAUAUGUCAUGAGCUUCAUUGGCAUAACAGUAGAGAUGGUCUGAGAAUUGCAAUAUGUACAUCACUGGACAAAUGGAAGAGUGUGCAAAGUGACACCCGAGUCCUGGAUGCUGAGAAGAUAGCAGAGGUUGAAGUAAAUGGUCCAACAAAUCCUUUUAUGAGUGCAGGUGCUAAGACUCCAUCAACCCCUGAGAGCCUGGCUUUUUUUCAGCAUGUGGGAUGCAGACUUGCAAGUGCACUUUCACAGCAGUUCUUACCCCCUGUGGUGCCCUACAUCGCUACACCACGAAAAGCCGUUCACAGACAGGUGCCUAGAAAAGUUUGUGAUGUAACAGCACACAGCAUGGAGAAGAAAACAUCACGUCUCUCUUUAAGGCAAGAGCUUCUACAGGAAGGGCCAUCUCCAACACCUCCAUUAACCUUUUUCACACGGACUAGUAUGGAUUUGCAAAAAGUUAUGGAAGAUCAGUGGACAAAGGAGCUAAAUAUUAUACUAAAGGAAGAAAAAGAAGAGAUGAAAAAAGAAGAACAAGAAAAACAAAGAAAAGAAGAAGAUCAAUUUAAAGAAGUAAUGAGGAAAAGAGAACAAAAACUAAAGAAAACAAGCAAACCUUAUGAGCUGCCUUGGUCUGUGGCGAGCAUAAAACACGAUGAAGACUUAUGACAAUGAACAAGCAAUCUAAUGGCUUAGUCAUCUCAAGAAUGCCAAAGUGCCUCACUGAUAAUUUCUGUGCAACUAUAAGGCCAUGUUCACACGUUAAGGCCUCUGCCAAGGCAUGCAUUUUGCUUACUUUCCCUACUUGCAUGCUCCAUUCACAUGCAGAGGG